UCAUACAUAUUAUUAAAUUAAAGGCUUUGAAAUUAUGAAUGGUCUUCAGCUGUCUCAGAGCUGUGAUCUAUCUCUGCCCUGCUGCGCAGAUGAGGGGUCACUGUCGAGCACCAAGUGCCACCAAAUCAGCGGGGUUAGAGUUCAGCUGGAGAUGCAGGGACUUUGGCAGCAGUUUGACCAGCUGGGCACAGAGAUGAUUGUUACCAAAGCUGGAAGGAGGAUGUUUCCAACGUUCCAGGUGCGAAUCUCUGGGAUGGAUCCUUCUGCUGAAUAUGUACUUCUCAUGGAUUUUAUUCCUGUUGACAACAAAAGAUACAGAUAUGCAUUCCACAGCUCAUCCUGGUUAGUGGCAGGAAGAGCAGAUGUCGGAGCCCCAAGCAGGAUGCAUUUCCACCCAGACUCACCUGCUCGCGGAGCCCAGUGGAUGAAGCAGACUGUUUCCUUUGACAGUCUAAAGCUCACCAACAACCUACUGGAUGACAAUGGACAUAUGAUACUCAACUCCAUGCAUCGCUACCAGCCGCGUUUCCAUGUGGUGUAUGUGGAUCCAACGCCCAACAGCCACUUAAAUGCAUACAAGAACUUCUGCUCUUUUUCCUUCCCCGAGACACGCUUCACGGCUGUAACUGCUUAUCAAAACCACAGGAUCACUCAGUUAAAAAUUGCAAGCAACCCAUUUGCUAAAGGCUUCAGGACUACAGACCCACAGGCUUGGUGA